CGGCAGAAGGUGUUCGCGCGUCGAGCUAGCAAGUUGGCUUUUGUGCUGCAGUCAGUUAUUUGGCUUGUUUUUUUUGAAUAAUCUGAUUGUUGUGAAUUUAUGAUAUCAACAGUGAAAUAGACUUUCGAUUAUUCGCAUAUUUUAUAUCAUAAUAAAUAACAAGAGUAAUUAAUUUAAUUGUUCGCGAUUAUUUGUAUUUGUAACGUUUUUUCACGGAUCAGUGGUUUUGUAAAGUGUUUAUUUAUUAUUUAUUGUAAUUAUUUUUAUUAAAUAAUUAAUUAAUGUGUUCAAUGAUGAAGCAAGAGCAAUCAGUCAUGAGGAUCGUCGUCAGGAGUUUUGCGGUUUUACUUAUCAUCUCUGUUGUACAAGGACUCAGCAGCUCAGUUGACAUCCAGCCUUCGGGGCAGGUUGCAGUCCGAGUAGGCGAACCCCUGAAGAUCAUGUGUCGAGUGGGUUUACCUAUUCAGAACUGCCGAAUUAAAAUUUCCAGUCUGCAAAGUAUGUUUUUACAACCUAAUCAGAAUGCUAAUGACGGAAUCGAGUACUACGGCGAUGGGCUGCAAGCUGGACAGUGCGGUGUUUACAUUCACCGCGUAAAAGAAGAAUUCGACGGCAAAUUUGUGUGCGCUAUCACCACUAACGACAGCCGAAUCGAAGUCGACAAUACCGCGAAGAUCGUCGUUGCCAAACCGCCAAAAGAGCUUAAAUUGUUGAUGAGCCCUGGAAGACUCUCUGGUCGGAACGUUUACAAAAAUGGAGAAAAACUUGAAAUAAGUUGCAGUUCAUUAGGUGGUCGUCCUGCUGCCAAUGUAUCGUUAUUCCUCGAUGAUCAACCACUGGAAAGAGAGUUUGGAUCAAACGUUUAUGAUUCCAACGGCAAUGAAAAUACGCAAAAAAAUGUUUCUUACACUAUCAAAUCAAGUGACAACGGUAAAAUGGUUCGUUGUAUAGCUCAUCAUAUGGCUUUAGACCGCCCUCAAGAAUCUACUCGUCAACUUGAAGUUCACUAUGCACCACAACCACAACCUCCUGUUGAAUUAUUUGGAUUCGUAAUUGGACGCGAAGGAACAAUAAACUUGACUGUGAAAGCCCAUCCACGACCACGUUUCAUCUGGUACAUCAACGGCGACAAAAUAAAUGAAGGAAGCCCAGACAUGAAAAAUCAUUUGCAAUCAUCAAGCGCCGUCGAAGUGGCCAAGGGUGAAUGGAGACUUGAGCUCAAGAUCGACAGUGUACAAAAGUCCGAUACGGAAAAAGAAUAUAAAUUGGAAGCACGUAAUGAUGAGGGAGCUGAAGAAUACCGCAUUUUGCUUUCAACCUCUGCUGAACCUGAAGGAGUUGAUUUAGAUGCAGGAUACAUAAUUGGAAUCGUCGUAGGAAUCUUAGUAAUAAUUGUACUCUCAUUCUUGAUCAUCUUUGCACGAGCGACUGGACGCUGGUGUUUUGCUGCGAGACGACGUGGUGAUGAAGAAGCUGCGGGUAACGCUGGAGCCGGAAGUGAAGCACACAUAACACCUGGUGACGACGAGGACGACGAGCACAACGAUCAGCAUAUUAUCGAUGAAAAAAUACCUCAUGGUGGUCAGGAGAACCCCAUUCACGCGAGCACCGAGUACGUUAAUGGACGCACCGAGAUUAAGGACAUCAAAAGAAAGGACGAAAAAACAGACACACCAGUAUAAAUUAAAUAAUUAAUUAGUACGUGCUGAUUAACCGCACUCGUUAUCGUCGCUCGAUAAUAAUUUAUAUACUAUCAACGACAAAGUGCGCCACUUUCGAUUCUGCUGUACUGGAUUUAAUCCAUUUUUAGAUUAAGAAUUGUAACUUAUAACUAAGACGUCAUUCUCCUGCAUUUUUUAAUAAGAGUAAAUAAUUUAAUUAAUAAAUUAUAUAUGAAGUAAAUAAAUAAAUAUUAUAAUAAUAAUAUUAAUAGUUAAUGUUAAUAAUAAUACAAAUAAAUAAUAAAUAAGUGGAUGCGCGAGAAUGACGUUUUAUUUGAUACCGAUCGCGACGAUCUCUUUGUGAUUUAUUAUGAUAAAGAGGCUUUACAAGUAACCAGCCGCCUGGAUUAAUAAUUAUUAUUAAAUAAUAUCAAUAAUUAUAAACAUUUUUCUGAAUUAAUAUUUUGUCAAGAUUUUAUUGAAGAACAGAUCUAAUGUUAAUUAAUCGCUAUAGACUGAUUGUAUUGAGGCAGCUGUUUUUUUUUGUAAAUGUGUUCGGUAAAGAGAUCGAUCAGCGCGAUUAUUAAUAUUAAUAUUUAAAUUAAUAUUGCUAUUAUUAUUCUUUUUUUUCUUUUUCAUACAUUAGUUUAAUAUUAUUCUAACUAGUUGUAGUUAAUAAUUAUAAUUAAAUUUAUAAUUUAAUUCUUAAAGCCAAUCGGCAUAUUCCGAGCCUCAGUAAUUUAAUACCAAGAGAUACAUUUUAUUUUGAGAUAAUU